UGUGAACUUCAUACAAUUGAGAUCUUAAUGUUCCUGUGGCUAAAGCAUCAAACUAAGGUUCUCAUCUGAAGUUUUUCUUUGCCCCUUUUAGAAAAGUAGUUCUUUUGGGAUGAGAAGCUCUGAGGAUAUAAAACUAUGGACUCUUUUCCCUAGACUUCAGGGGCCUUCUGGACACCCUUCCGUCCAAGUCCACCCAUGACAGUCUGGUUAAGAGUUGUAUAAGAGCUUGUCUUUUGUUUUAAAUUUUUUAACUUUGGCUUAAUUUUUGGUGAUGUUAUCACUAAACUUGUCAUAGCCAUUGAACUUAAAAGGAAAAAGAAAAGUGAAAUUAGGAAAGGUAAUAACCACGUCAUGGAAAGUAUUGUUGGCCCUAAAUCACUGAAGGAGCCAGAGCUGUGCGUUAUUGCUGCUCCUUGCUGCUUUAAGGACCUUUUUGUAGUAAUGCUGUAGCACACUUAUGUAUUUCCUAUGUUUUUAUUAUUUGGCAUUCAUUGUUUUUUGCCUUUUAAACUUAAUGGAGUAUAUAAAAAUUAUGAUUAUUUAUAUUAUGUAGAUUAGAUGAAUAACCAGUUAUAGGAACUCUGUGCUACAGACUAGUACAGAAUACAGUAUAUAGAGAGUUUAAACCAGAUCCACUGUGUAAGUUUGGAUCUUAUCGAUUAUUGAAACUUCCUUUGAGCUCUAAGAUUAGUGUUUUUUAGUUUAUGUGGUCACAUUACAAGUAUUGUUUUAUUAGUCUUUGUUUGUGAUGUUAUAUUAAAACAUUUUGUCAUGUUCGUAGUCCCAUAAUAAUAUGAAAUGAAAAAUGAGUUCAAAGUGCUUUGUAAUACGCUGCUUCCUGCAUCUUCACAAAUGUAUUAGAUUGAUAUAAUUUCAUAAAUAGAUGACAAAAUUAUUGCAUUGGGUUAUUCAAAGUUUGUUAAGCCAGUAUUUUAUUUUUUAUAAUUCCCCUAUAAUUAAUUGUUGUAGUAAUGGAUUAGAAAUUAUUUAUUAUCCUACUUUUUUCUGAUACAAGCUUGGGUGAGAGUGUUUUAUAGUUCCUCACUCAUCAAGUGGAUAGGGGGAUCAGGUUGGGUUUAGUUUUGAAUUGUGGUCUGAGGUAUUCAACGAAUCUUUGUGGUGUGUGUUAUCUAGUUCUAGAUCUUAUACCAGAGUAACAGUUUGCUAACUAAUGUUUCUGUUUGCAAUUCUGUAAUCAAAAAGAAAUCUGGGGUGGGGGGUGUCCAUAUAGAUUGAUUUAAAUCGUCUAAUCUAGGCGUCAGGCCAUGAUGGGCGAGUACCAGUUUCACCCUAAAUGUGGGAAGGAUGAGAACAUUAACUUUUGGGCAUACUUGGCUUCUUUAUUGUACCAUUCUCAGAUGUCACCCCUCACCACUGACAUCAUCGCCACUUUAUGCCUGUUCUCAUCUUGCUUCUAAGCUCAUUAAGGCUACCAGGCUUUUUGAAACACACAAGGAAAUUGAGUAUCAAGCUCUAGAUGAGUGAUGCUUUGUGGCCUUUAUAUAUUUAAUGUCGAAGAGCCUAAUGGGACUAUAUGAAGAAUGGACGAUUUCUCUUUAGAGGGGAAGAACACUUCAAAACCCUCUUAACUAUCACCUAAUAGUCUUUUAAAGGUACAAAAUAUUUUUGUCAUACUUGUCACUCUCAAUUAUAGCAGAAUAAAUGGCUCCCUUGUUAAACCAGGGACAUUUUUCUCAUUUUUCUGAAGGGUAUUUAUCUUUCAAAUUAAUUGUAAGUUAUCUAGAAGAAAAUUUUCAUAUUUAAGGAUACAUAAAAUACAAAAACUAAAAUGUUCUGCUUGUGCUUUUAAGUCUUAAGAAUAAACUGUCUCUUAACCAAAGGAAGGUGCCAUGUUGCACCUUUUUCAUUCUAAAACUUCACUGUCUUAAAACUAUUGACUAGGAUAUGGUUGUUAAAGUGGUAAGAAAAUGUAGAUUUUUGAGAAAUUGAUAGUUGAAUCUAACUAUAGUAGUAAACAUUUUUUUUUCUAAAUAUUAAUUGACUCUCAACACAUACACUUGAUUUUAUCCCAGUAGUAGAAAAAGGAACUAAGAUUGACAUGGCACAAAUUGAUUAUCAAUUAGCUGACUUUCUGAAGAGCUACAACCUUGAGUUUGGCCAGACCUCAAAAGUUGAAGUAUGCCUUUUAAGUACCUGGGCUUGCCUUCAAGUAUAACCAAUUGUGCAGAGUCUAAACCAGCAUUUAUUCAGUGAAGCUCUUUAGGGAGUUACUCAAAAAAGGAUAAUAGUAAAAUUAUAUCAGUUGAAAUAUGUUAGCUACUGUGGUGUGGAUUUUCUAUAAAUUUUGGAAUAAAUGACUUUUCUGUUUUUUUCUUAUUUUCCAGAAUGUUUUGCAUUUAAAGUUUAGAUGAUCUUACAUGGAAGAGGUCAAAUCCAGUUAUAGCAAAACACCUUUACAGCAGAGGCCAUAUAACCAAAAAGUCCAAAGGCCCAGCCCAGUGGACCAUUUACUUCAGUGAUGUUCAGUACAAAAUUCCACUGCCACAAAAGACACUGUAAAGUCUCUUUUAAGUUGUAACAGGAUUUGACUAUUAGGAUAGAUUCUGAUGAUCCUUCUUUAUAUAGUUUUAAUAGUUAACCUAUUACAUGUUCUUUGAAGCUGGAAUUUGUCAUAGAGAAGUAUAUUGGUUUCUUGCACCCUUAAAUUUUUGUCUGGGCCGUUAAUGCAGAGGAUUGUAUUUUCUGAACGUCUUAGUAUGUUGCUGUAGUACUCAAGCUGUCUUUUUAUCUGUCUGGGGUUGCCUUCAGAUGUGGGUGGGGACUCAUUUAUAAAAAGUUCUGUGAAGACCUUAAGUUAAGAUUAUCCAAGUUUUGAGUCCUUUCCUGUGGCAGAAUUAAGUUUUGGGGUCUGUAAGAUGUAAAUUGAGAGGUUGGCUAUCUCUCUGCUACGAGCCAUCAAUUUGCAGAGCAAAAACUUUUAUUUGUGGGGAUGGAGUUUUUAAGUUGUCCCCUAAUUGAAUUGAUUUUAUUUAGGACAUCUGAUUUUAGCUGUCUCAAAAUUUUUUAGCCUAAGAGAUAGUGUCAGGUUUAUUUCAGAGAGCAAAGUUGGAAUGUUAACUCUUGCCCUUCUGGACAUUGCUUUGGUGACAUAGUAGCCUACUUUUCUGUCAUGUGCUACCUAGCAUAUAAAUUUCUGACAGUCAGGUGGAUUAUCUUGAAAUUUUAGACAAAGUUUCUGCCUCCUUGGAAAGCUCUACAUCUCCUUGUGAUUGGAGUGUGGGUUUCAAGAUUCCAGAAGGUGGGUGUCUUCAUUUUCUAUUUUCAAUGCACUCUAAGGUGACCUGCUUUCAGGUUCUCUGAGGCAGACCUUAAUUACUCUUGUGCUAACUUUGCUUUGAUAAGGACUAAGCAGUUAAAUUUCCAAAUAAUGGUGGAGAGUUGUCAAAAUGUUUGGAAAUCUUCCAGCCACUGCAAAUUAACAUUUUGGUGGAAUUAAUUAUUUAGAAAUGUCUUUCAGUUUAUACUGAAAUAUCUGAAGGCACCUCUAAAAUUUGGGUGAUGAUAACAGAGGUACAGACUCGUAACAGUUAUGAAACAAAUGGGUGAAACACUGGAAUGAAUAUUGAAAUGAACAGAAAGAGUAACUGGCUUUUUUACCUUUCAGAGUUUGAGAUAUUAUAAAGAUAAAAGUGUGGAUCCUUGUUUUUGAUUGUAUUCCACAGGCUCGUAUAGCUGGUUUAAAAACGACAUACUCCAUUUUCUGGCAUUUUCAUAACUUUAAACAGGAAGUAUUUGAAAUGGUCACAUUCAAGUCUGAAAAAGUGUCAAAAUUAUUUUACUGCAUUAGUUUGUUCUUAGUGUCUUUUGUCAUUCUUUGCCUGUAAAAACCAAAAUACUGAUGUGUGGAAAGUCCUUUGAAAGUACAAAAUAGUCCCACCUUUAAAGUAGGUCAGAAUUUGUUUACUGAAGGGUAAUGAGUAUAUUUAAUCAAAACUUAGAUAUAUGGACUAAUGCUAGUACUUAAAUGUGAACAUAUGUUAUUGUAAGAAUGAUUUUACUCUUAUAUGUUACAGAUUUACUGUAGUAAUUAUUGACCUUUUGUGUGACUGGUCAGACUUACUAUAAAGGUUCAGGUUUUGAUCUAUACCUACCAAGACCUGCUCCUUUUUAAAGCUUACUCUCAGGCAAUCAUUGCAGACCCUGCUCUUAAGUAACCGUAUCUUCUCAAUUCCUUCCUAAUUGCUGAUUUUCAGCAGUGGAAUGCAAAAGUGGGGUGAUUACUAUACCUAGGAAGUAUUUUUCCUCACCAUACCAUUAUAUGAUAUUAAAAAAUAGAAAAGUGAAGUUUCAAAAGGAUACAAAAUUUUUUUUCUGACCAAAAAAGGAAGUGUACCUUGACAGGUUCCUUAAACCAGCAAAAUAAUGGUAAUUUUUCUUCUCAGGAGGAAAAAGAGCAAGAGCAGAAGUCGUAGUCAUGAGCGAAAGAGAAGCAAAAGUAAGGAACGGAAGCGAAGUAGAGAUAGAGAAAGGAAGAAGAGCAAAAGCCGUGAAAGGAAGCGAAGUAGAAGCAAAGAAAGGAGACGGAGCCGCUCAAGAAGUCGAGAUCGCAGAUUCAGAGGCCGCUACAGAAGUCCCUACUCCGGACCAAAAUUUAACAGUGCUAUCCGAGGAAAGAUUGGAUUGCCUCACAGCAUCAAAUUAAGCAGACGACGCUCCCGAAGCAAAAGUCCGUUUAGAAAAGACAAGAGCCCUGUGAGGGAACCUAUUGAUAAUCUCACUCCUGAGGAAAGAGAUGCAAGGACAGUCUUCUGCAUGCAGCUGGCAGCAAGAAUUCGGCCAAGGGAUUUGGAGGAGUUUUUCUCUACAGUAGGAAAGGUUCGAGAUGUGAGGAUGAUUUCUGAUAGAAAUUCACGACGUUCCAAAGGAAUUGCUUAUGUGGAAUUUGUUGAUGUUAGUUCAGUGCCUUUAGCAAUAGGAUUAACUGGCCAACGCGUCUUAGGAGUGCCAAUCAUAGUACAAGCAUCCCAGGCAGAAAAAAACAGAGCUGCAGCAAUGGCAAACAAUCUACAAAAAGGAAGUGCUGGACCCAUGAGGCUUUAUGUGGGUUCACUACACUUUAACAUAACUGAAGAUAUGCUUCGAGGGAUCUUUGAGCCUUUUGGCAGGAUUGAAAGUAUCCAGCUCAUGAUGGAUAGUGAAACAGGUCGAUCCAAAGGAUAUGGAUUUAUUACGUUUUCUGAUUCAGAAUGUGCCAAAAAGGCUUUGGAACAACUUAAUGGAUUUGAACUUGCAGGAAGGCCAAUGAAAGUUGGUCAUGUCACUGAACGUACUGAUGCUUCCAGUGCUAGUUCAUUUUUGGACAGUGAUGAGCUGGAAAGGACUGGAAUUGACUUGGGAACAACUGGUCGUCUCCAAUUAAUGGCAAGACUCGCAGAGGGUACAGGUUUGCAGAUUCCACCAGCAGCACAGCAAGCUCUACAAAUGAGUGGCUCUUUGGCAUUUGGUGCUGUGGCAGAAUUCUCUUUUGUUAUAGAUUUACAAACAAGACUUUCCCAACAGACUGAAGCUUCAGCUUUAGCUGCAGCUGCCUCCGUUCAGCCACUUGCAACACAGUGUUUCCAACUGUCCAACAUGUUUAACCCUCAAACAGAAGAAGAAGUUGGAUGGGAUACAGAGAUUAAAGAUGAUGUGAUUGAAGAAUGUAAUAAACAUGGAGGAGUUAUUCAUAUUUAUGUUGACAAAAAUUCAGCUCAGGGCAAUGUGUAUGUAAAAUGCCCAUCAAUUGCUGCAGCCAUUGCUGCUGUGAAUGCACUGCAUGGCAGGUGGUUUGCUGGUAAAAUGAUAACAGCAGCAUAUGUACCUCUUCCAACUUACCACAACCUCUUUCCUGAUUCUAUGACAGCAACACAACUACUGGUUCCAAGUAGACGAUGAAGGAAGAUAUAGUCCCUUAUGUACAUAGCUUUUUUUUCUUUCUUGAGAAUUCAUCUUGAGUUAUCUUUUAUUUAGAUAAAAAUAAAAAGGCAAGGGUCUACUGUCAUUUGUAUACAAUUCCUGUUACCUUGAGAAAAUAAAAAUGUUAACAGGAA